AUGUUUUUAGAUCAGGCUGAGGAUGGCGAACUCAGCAGCAAUGAGAUAUUAGAUCUGAGAAAAGUGCGAAGUAGCCUUUUGGAGGAGGAGGAGGAGGAGCUGCCGUUGGGUGCUGAUGAGACGUUCCCUCCGGCGCCGAUUCGUUCGUUUACGGCGACUUGUAUGGGUGGGGAGAGUUCGCCACCGGCUGCGCAGAGUGCAACUCCAGAGCCGUUGAUCCCUGGAUCGAAGCGAGCCGCACCUAAUCGGGUGGAAUUACCGGUGGUGCCGUUGACGUUAAUGUCAUUGCCGGUCGACGUGGUGACGAAGGGCGUGUGUCCGUUUCUGGACCUGCGGGACUUGUGGCAUUUGGCCUCCAUGAACUGCGCGGCUGGCGUGUUGCUGCGGCAUGUGCCAGAGGCACUCAGUGUUGCCGAUUAUGAUCGUAUUAACGGCGUAAGCGCGGGUGCGGUCAAUGUUAAGGGGACCGAAAUCUGGGGUGUGCAACAACGUUCGACCGCGACCGGCUGUGCGGUAGAUCUGGGACACACGCUUUGUGUGAAACAGGCUGUACGAGGCGGGGUAGCCCCGCGUCUACGACACCGCCUCUACUACCACUUAAUCCGACUGAGCAACGAAGAUCCUGACUUCAUCGACGCGGUUGCACAGGAGGUCGCCCGCCGAAGCAACGGCGAUAACACGGUCUUUAAGUCUCCUUACCGCGCCUUCGUCCACACCCAUUCAGAACGCUGCCAAUUCAUCGACCACGUCGCACCCCUCAUCCAAGACCAACUCGAACUACUUGAAAAUCAACUACAGGAAGAGGGCGCAGAUGCGGAGGGACACGAAGGCAGAUCGGAAGGAGCCCAACCGGAAGAGUUGCGGACCACCGCUAAUCCGAAACGGUCGCCGGGGCCGGGAAUUGAAGUCCGGGACGACACCAAAGAAGAAGGUGGGGACGACGAUGUGUGCAGCAGUCAACAGGUGACCAGUGGACAAGUGACCAGUGGACAAGUGACCAGUGGACAGGUGACUAGCCGACAACUAGUCGGAAGACUGUUGAGUGGUAGAGCGGGUGUGAGAUCGGGCGACGAUGAGUCAGAAAACGGGACGGAUUCGGUCUCUGAUUCGGAGGCUGCGCCUCUUCGAACGGAGGGAGAGUCAUCGUCGGCUUGCUUCGUGUCGCCGGAAGAGGUGAGUCAGUGCACACCAAUUCUUUACCGAAUACACUCUGACCGAACGGACGAGGUGACGGACUUGGAGCGGUAUCAGAGCCCCUUCAGCACGAGCACUGGAGUCCCGGUGGGAGCUGGGAAUGUGCCGCGGUUUCCUCAGCCAUCUGGAGGCACUGGGUACCGUCUGGGUUAUGGUUUACGAACUGGUUGCUGCACCCCAAACAAGUCACCAGUCAACGAUCGACGGUGUGGUGGUGAUGAUCGACGGUGUGGUGGUGAUGAGCGUUCUAGUGGUCAUCAAGGUUGUGGUCAUGAGACAGGAUCAGGUGGUAACGGAUCAGGUGGUAACGGAUCAGGUGGUAACGGAUCAGGUGGUAACGGAUCAGGUGGUAACGGAUCAGGUGGUAACGGAUCAGGUGGUGGCCGAGGACUGAGUUUGUUAGAGAAUGUUGCGCUACUACGAAGGGCAUCAGUAUUAACACGGGAGGUGGCACCGCACCACGGUAGCGAGGAGGCGGGUCGAUUAUAUUCAUUUCUAGUAUCUGAGGCAACUGUGAGUGCAAAUUUAGCGGACUUGAUAGACCGUGAUUUGGAUCGUACCUUUCCGAGUCACCCAUUGUUCCGUUGCAGUUUAGGUGAGCACAUGAAGAGUGCGAUGCGUGAUAUUUUAUUAGCUGUGGCAGUGGUGGAGCCCGGAUUGGGAUACUGUCAGGGAUUCAACUUUAUGGCUGCCACAUUGUUGAUUGAAUUGGUAUGUCCAGUUACAGCGUUUUGGACUCUGAUCUUUCUAUUACGGAGACGUGGUUUAGCGGGGUUGUUUAACCCUUCGUUGUCGGCGAUGAGUUUAAAGUUAAUGCAAUUACGUGAGAUGUUACGACUCUAUAUUCCGGAGACAUAUAUUUCGUUACGACGAGCAGGUGUUCAAUCUGAUCUUCUUUGUCACCAAAGUUUGAUUACAUCUCUAACCUACUUCUUACAUCCCUCUGUCGUGAUCCAGUUCUGGGAUGGCGUUGUACUUGGCGGCUUCCGCGUAUUCCUUGUUGCCACUCUGGCUAUCAUCUUCCUUCUUGAUCGUGAUCUACACUCAACUUUCGCUCAUCCUGAACUCGAUGGACAUCGUCCCGAUGACGAAGCAUUACAGUUCGUACAGAGCAAACGUCUCAAACUCUGUCUCCUGCACCGUGAAUCCGCCGCUGGUCGGGAAUUCCUCGCACAGCUUGUACACGCCUUCCUAGAAUUCUAUCCCAAAUGCACCUCCCAGCUACUCUCCCGUCUCGCCGCCAUCUCUCUCGUCACAACCGUCAAAGACGUCGUCCAGGAACUCAACCUCUCUAUCCACUCGCCCGACAAAAGCUAUCUACGAAACCCUCCCUCCCAUCCUACCAGAGAACACUUGAUGAAAGACAACUCCGCCCACCACCUGGCCAAGGAUACGCAACACCCAACCAGUCCCCGGACGGCGGCGGCCAAGCAUUACCAUCGCGAGCCGGAGACCGAGAAUCGACUCCUGGACGACUGCAACGCUGCCGCUCGGACGCACCGCGUCCGGGCCGACCCCAUUCAGACGGACGUCGCUUCAGGGGACGCUGGUGUGGUAGUUCCCUCGACUAGUCGACCCGGGACGGGCGAGUUCCUUCCCGUAAUUCAGCCGCCAUACCUCCUGGUCCCGCGGUUGCCUCGGUUCAAACAGGAUGACCGCGAGGAGACGGUUCAGCGCGGCAUGUUGGUGCAUUUCAUGAGUUCCGUAGAGAACGCGGAAGGCUUCCGGUUUACCUACAAGCCUUUGACACCCGUGGAGUUGGAGGCUGAGCGUCGCGCCGAGACGGAGCAACGCCAGCUGGCGAGUGGCGGAACCGCCAGCAACGCAACCGGUUACGGACAAGUCGCCGGUUCGAAUCCAGGCGGAGCCCGGUUGUUAUCACCUCGGCCGAGGCGUGGGCACCCGGCCAAGUUGACGUGGUCAUUGUUGAUUCCGGAGCACUCCAGCAUCAACCCGAAUGAGAUUAAGUUGGUGAGUGGGGGCGGCCGGUUGCGCGCUAGCAGUUUCUACAUGAUCAUGGAAGCGCGUUAUUAUCUUGAUGAUGAACGUGUGCCGCUCGUUGCAAGUUGGGAUAAGGCGUACCUUUGCGCCAGUGAACGCGCAGAUGCACUUACCGCAUACCUCCUUCGGCGGCGCCGCCCUCGCCGUGAGACUCAACGCCUUGGGGCCGUUUGUUGGUCCGACCUCGGACUCUACCUGGACGCCAUCGAGCUUAAUAGCACGCGGCACACUGCCGAACAAGACAGCCUCAGAGCUGCACGGCUGGGCGUAGGCCCAGGCGGCGGGCUACCGCUAGCUGGGUCGGGAGACUUGGACAGUGGAUUUCCUGUAGGUUUCCCGAAGAGCCAGGACGAAAACAGCGCGCGGACGAAAGUCAACGUGGAGUGCUCCGGAGUAGAUGGUGGGGAAGUGCAGAGCCAGGAGCGCGAGUUGGAGAGCAGGUCGUUUUCGGCUUUGCCGCGGUUCCACAGCCAUUUGGGGAGCGAGAGCUCAGCGGAACCCGGAGGUCGGUUGCAUUUGGGCGUAGGCAUUACGACGAAGAGCAUGAUGACGAGGCACCGGCUUCGCCAGACUAGUCUGCCGAGCGGUCCCAGGGGUGGUCCUGAAGUUGGUAGCGGUAUGGGUGCUCCUCAAGUUGGUCCUGGUGGUGGAGGUAUAGGUAGUGAUUUCGGUAGUGGUGAGCUGAAUGUGACGGUGGAUGAUAACUUGGUGUUAUUAAAGGAGGAGGCGAAGAGAUUGUUGGAGUGGUUGAAGCAGCAUGAUUGUACAUUCAGUACGACCACGGAGCAAGGUUAUGUAAUAAUACCAUUGCGUGUGGUUAUGACUUUAGUGCAGGCUUUUCGUGAACAGAAUCGUCAACUUGCGCGUGAUCGAGCACACUUUGAGAACAAAGUGCGAGUGCUCGAUAGACAAGUGAAUACUCUAAUCCGUCAGAUCGAUCGUCUGCGUCAACGACACGCACAACAACUCCGCAUUGUCGCCCAACUUGAGCACGAUCUCUACGAUCAACUUAACGCAGACAAAUUUCUUAAGACACCCAAAGUCAAAACCCCUUGGAAAAGACUACUUGCCGGAUUGAAAAAUAAUAGACCGCAUACCUCUGCCGCUCAUACCUCAACCAUUCAUACCUCGGCCGUUGAUGAUGUACCCGAUACCAAGAGUGAAGGCUCCGUCGAACGAAUGCAAACCGAUUUUAGUCCCGCUAUAUCCGUUUGCAAAACCGACUUCGGCGAAAUCAAAACAAAAACUCAUACGAGCAUUGGCCGCACCUACGAAAGACAAAAGGGUAAGUUGGAUGAACAGACCACCAAGUUGGCGGCCUGCGAGGAAGCGCUCUCGGAGCACAUCGCCGUCAAGUCUGCAUUGAGUCAAACCUACCAUGACAUGGAGGUGGUACAACAGCUAGAGGAACUAGACGUGGUGGAGCUGCUGUUAAGGAAAUGCUGUGCCUGGCAGCGGGGCCCUUUGCCCUUGACACUAUUGAUGCAGUCCGGAGUGGUCACGCAAGACAGCUCCAUCCUUUCGGAUUGCCCAGAAGCUUACAGCACGCUGGUGUCCCUGCCGCCCAUAAUCCCUCAACUCCAAUGCAUUUUUAAGUAG